GUCAAAAUCACUUUCUCGGACUCCGGGGGCAUGUGGAACUUGUUGAAAAAGAUGAAGUGUAAAGAGAUCUCAUCUGCGCUCGCUGCUACCGACCGCCUGGAGGUCAGUACCACGCCCGGGCACCGCUUGCUCUGGCAUGGUAUCGACAAGUACGGGAACGCCCGACCAGUGAAGCUGCUCGAUCAGAACUGGGGGUCGCACGUGCUCGACGUCUGCUGGCUGGCCCAUGCCAGCUUGAUGGACCACGGCCUCGAGAUCGAUUUGCCGGCGAAGCUGGACGAGAUCAGCGCGCCCUCCAUCGAUCGAAAUGAUCCCGGGUACGGUGGCGAAGC